GCCGUCUGCUGCUCCCUCGAGGCUUGCUGUGAGCAGUCUACGAGGUCUACCCGCACCGCAGCCUCCCGCUUCAAGACCCAGCCCGCGCCCCCAGAGCCAUGGCCACUCAUCUCUUGUUCGAGUGCGCGACGGGCCUCGCCGUCUUUACGAGCGAGUUCGCCGAGGAGAUUGGCAAGUCGGUCAAGUCGGUCCAGGACUCUGUCGACGACGUCGCCAAGUUCGCCAAGAUGGUCAAGCUCGUGUCGUUCGUGCCCUUUGUAGACGCCGCCCACGCCCUCGAGGUCGCCAACGACGUGUCCGAGGGCGUCGUGCACGAGUUCCUCCACGGCCUCCUCGAGCUCAACCUCGCCAAGAAGGCCGGCGUCGUCCUCGGCGUCGAGGAGCGCGGCCUCGCGUCGUCGAUCAAGGCGACCCUCGCCAUCGAGUGCGACGCGAGCGACCGCACGCUCGAGGUCCUGCGCGGCAUCCGCCUCCACCAGGAGAAGCUCCUCGCCGGCCUCGAGCAGGGCGACACCAAGCGCUCCCAGCUCGGCCUCGGCCACGCCUACUCGCGCGCCAAGGUCAAGUUCAACGUCAAUCGCUCGGACAACAUGAUCAUCCAGGCCAUUGCGCUCCUCGACCAGCUCGACAAGGACGUCAACACGUUCGCGAUGCGCGUCCGCGAGUGGUACGGGUGGCACUUCCCCGAGCUCGUGCGCGUCGUGCCCGACAACUACCAGUACGCCAAGGUGUGCCGCCUCCUCGGCGACAAGGCCCAGCUCGACGACGACAUCCUCGAGCCCCUCGCCGAGCUCCUCGACAACAACGACACGCUCGCGCGCAACAUCCUCGACGCCUCGCGCGCCUCGAUGGGCACCGACAUCUCCGAGGUCGACCACCUCAACAUCAAGAACUUUGCGACGCGCGUCAUCCACCUGUACGACUACCGCAAGAGCCUCCAGGCCUACCUGUCGGACAAGAUGGGCGUCGUCGCACCCAACCUGGCCGCCCUCAUCGGCGACACGGUCGGCGCGCGCCUGAUCUCGCACGCCGGUUCGCUCACCAACCUGUCCAAGUACCCGGCGUCGACGGUCCAGAUCCUCGGCGCCGAAAAGGCCCUGUUCCGCGCCCUCAAGACCAAGGGCAACACGCCCAAGUACGGCUUGAUCUACCACUCGACCUUCAUCGGCCGCGCCGGCGCCAAGAACAAGGGUCGCAUCAGUCGCUUCCUCGCCAACAAGUGCUCGAUCGCGUCGCGCAUCGACUGCUUCGCCGACCAGCCGACGACCAAGUUCGGCCAGGUCCUGCGCGACCAGGUCGAGGAGCGCCUCUCGUUCUACGAGAACGGCUCGAACCCGACCAAGAACGCCGACGCCAUGCUGCGUGCGCUUGCCAUGGUCAAGGCCGAGAACGCCGAGAACGGCGUCGAGGUCGAGGGCGGCGCGGCCGAGGCCAAGAUGGACGUCGACGAGGCGGCGUCGGCGCCCGCGGACAAGAAGGAGAAGAAGAAGAAGCGCAAGUCGGAGGCUGCCAUGGACGAGGACGAGUCGCCGAAGAAGUCGAAGAAGAGCAAGAAGGGCGAGGAUGGCGAGGAGCUGUCCAAGGAGGAGAAGAAGAAGCUCAAGGAGGCCAAGAAGCUGGCAAAGGCGGCAAAGGCGGCAAAGGCAUGAUCUGCCUGCGCCCGUUCCUGUCACCCCUCCUCUUUCUCGGCGUCCUCUCCCGCACUUUUCCUCCCUCGCGCCCCCUCUUCCUCGUUGUCCACACUUGAGGGGCCGGCGACCGAAGCGCUCGACCUCGGGUCGGCGGUCGAGCGCCGCUCGACUGCGCGCUCGGUUCUUCUUCUUCCCUCCCUCCCCCUCUCACCCUUGUAGGCCGUUGCGCAUCGCAUGUACUAGUACUCGAUUUCCCUCA